GUAUACAAUUCAUUGGGAUGGAGGGAGUAACAAUUACUAACCGAAGCCAACUGUAAAAUCAAAAGAAAUCAAGAUCGGGUAAGAUUUGAGCAAUUCCCGAUAAUAAGAUCAAUCGGAAGUUUGGGAGGCAAGGGCGAAAAUGAUCAGCGUUAUCAAUCAGGAGCGCUUGCUUGGCGCUGCACUCGGAGCUCUUUUUACCGGAGCUCUCGUGUUCGAGCAACGGCGACGUAUUUAUAAGUCUAUUUCGGAGAAUGAAGCUCAAUUUGCCUCUCUUACUCAGACAAAAGAGCCCAUUUUUGAAAAACGCUCUCGUUUGGAGUUUGCACACCUAUGGAACAAAGCAGUGGAUCAUACAUUUGGACCUGUGAUCGAGUCUCUUAGCUCACGUGGAAAGUAGAACUAUAAUUAAAUUUCAGUGAGCUGUAUGUCCCUUUCCUUUCUGUGGAUUGUAAUAUAUUUCCUUGCCUGAUUUGGUUUUUUGAGGUAAGGAAUUGCUAAUUUUCUCUUCUUCACAAAUAACGUCAAUUUAAAACUCA